AUGAGCGUACAGUUCCCUUCUUUUGACAAAAAUGAAAAUCUAAGGUUUACCAGAUAUGUCAGGUUAAUGGAAAUAAUAUGGAGUAAUAUGAUGUGUGGGCACGGUGAUAUCACCAAAAGACAAAUAUUUUACACCGAUGUUGCCCUAUUUCGAAAGCAGAGGAUAGUUGACGAAUACAUUGAUAUUAUAGCAGAGUGCUUUGGGGUGAGCAUUCACAUUUUGAGUGUUGUUGCCGCACAAAAAGGAUUAAUUUUUGGAAAUAUAGAGUUGUCCUACAAAGGAACACCCAUUUUUAUAAAGGAAGACCAAGGGCCGUGCUUAAUUCCACAAAUAUCACUAAAUUCCGAAUAUUCUGAUUUCACAUUUAAUAAUGUGGGGGUAGAGGUCCCAAAAGAAAUCAUGGUCAUAGAAAAAGAGGCAAUUUUUAAAAGCCUUUGUGUAACAUUGCGGGGAAAAGGAGUGAUCCUAAUCACGGGUAAAGGUUUUCCAGACAGAUUAACAAGAAUAUUCCUACAUUUUUUAUGCCAUCACUUCGAGACCACCCCGGUUAGGGCAUAUGUUGACAGCGAUGUCUACGGCAUAAUGAUUUUCAAUCAGUUCAAAUACGUCCCCGCAAUCUGUAAAAAAAGGAAGAUGAUUAAGACAGAAAUGCACCAGAAAGAGACGAAUGAGCCCACAGAAAGAGAGGAAUACAAAUCAUCCUGUAGUCGCCUAUUGUAUGGGGGAGUCAGGCUCUUCGGAAACCAAGUAGACCGCAUAAAGGAUGGAGACAAACAAGUUGUCGCUUUCCAUUAUCUCCAGAUUUCAGAGCGAAAUAUGGUAUCAAUGCAACGAUUAUUGGGACGUAUGAUAAACAAAAGAGAAAGAGAUGAACAAACUGGGGAAACUCGACUGAAUGGAACGGCUUUUCAGAAUAACAAAGAUUUUGAGAUUACUAAGGUUAUACGAGAGGUGCAAUUGGGAAUGUUCUUUAUGCUCAAGAGGGAGAUGCAGGAAGCGGAAUAG